UCACCACCCUCCUUUUAAUAAAGAGGGUGAAGGAGAAGCAGAGCUCAUAAGGGAACCGACUAGGGAGGCAGAGAAGAUGGGCAUCCUCAGCGUGGACUUGCUGAUCACACUGCAGAUUCUGCCAGUGUUUUUCUCCAACUGCCUCUUCCUGGCGCUCUAUGACUCGGUCAUUCUGCUUAAGCACGUGGUGCUGUUGCUCAGCCGCUCCAAGUCCACUCGCGGAGAGUGGCGGCGCAUGCUGACCUCAGAGGGACUGCGCUGCGUCUGGAACAGCUUCCUCCUAGAUGCCUACAAACAGGUGAAAUUGGGUGAAGAUGCCCCCAAUUCCAGUGUGGUGCACGUGUCCAACCCUGAAGCAGGGAACAGGGAUGGACCUGAUGCCCUGGAGAAGACAGUGGAUGGAGCCGAAUGCCACCUCCUAGACUUUGCCAGUGCAGAGCGCCCACUGGUGGUCAACUUUGGUUCAGCUACUUGACCACCUUUCACUAGGCAACUGCCAGCCUUCUGCCAGCUGGUGGAAGAGUUCUCCUCAGUGGCUGACUUCCUGUUGGUCUACAUUGAUGAGGCUCAUCCCUCAGACGGUUGGGCGGUGCCUGGGGACUCCUCUCUGCCUUUUGAGGUGAAGAAGCACCGGAAUCAAGAGGACCGAUGUGCAGCAGCCCAUCAGCUCCUGGAGCGUUUCUCCUUGCCGCCCCAGUGUCAAGUUGUGGCUGACCAAAUGGACAAUAAUGCGAAUGUAGCUUAUGGGGUAGCUUUUGAACGUGUGUGCAUUGUGCAGAGACAGAAAAUCGCAUAUUUAGGAGGAAAGGGUCCCUUCUGCUACAACCUUCACGAAGUCCGGAGUUGGUUGGAGAAGAAUUUCAGCAAGAGAUGAAUUCUAGAUUAGUUGGUUGAAGGUAUGAUUAUAAUAGUUUCUUAUUUUUUAAAAAAAUGUAUGUAAAAGAAAUUGAGAACUGAACUGAAUCCACUAUUUCAACUGAGUCUCAUUGCCUCACCGAAAGACAGAAACUUAUCUGUCAGAAGAAUAUAAACUUCUUAACAUUGCAAUACUUCCUGUACUACACAAAUGGCAUUGGGCUAAAUAGCAGCCCUGUUAUUUCCCUUCUGAGUCAAAAGCCCCGUGUGAACAGAUCCAAAUUGGAGAGAAAGAAACCCUGGUUCAGCGUGUGUUCAUUCUUCCUUGAGAAAGCGGUGAUUCUGCUUUUGCAUGUUUUGGGACCAGAAGAAAGGAGCUCCUUGAAUACUUACUGUUAGGGAAACUACUAUCUAUGUUAAAAUUAAGUGUCUUGGCUUUAGCCAUCAUGGAUAAUGGCCAACUGGAAAAUCCCCCAAUACUUAUUAUAAUGUGAUCUUGAAGCCAUGCCAUGAAGUUAGGAUCCUGGAGUUUAAUGUGUUAGAACGUUCUGGCCAUGCACUGUCCUGUGUUAGUUACAGCCCAGAAUCUCCAAGUGUAUUUGCAGAUAAAGAAUGAUGCCUAUCCUGGAGGCUUAAAGUGACAUCUGAAAUCUGGGAAAUGAAGAAAGGAGUAGAAGAAAAUGAACUUGAUAAGCUAGGAAAGAGGAGGCAGAAUGAUUAGGAAAUUUCAUAGUGUUUCACCUGGAAGCUGUAGAAAGUGAGACUAAUAGAGACAUGUUCAAAGCCGGAAAAACAAAACAUUCAGCUGAAAUUAGUGUGGGGAAGAGACACAUGAAAGCAAGUUUAUUACAUAUUCAUGGACUGAGAGAAAAAGGGAUGGAAAAGAAAAAAAGUACUUGUACUGAUGAAGGUUUUUAAUGUCGAAGUAAUUAUUAAAAUGUUUGAUGGUAAUGUAUACAUUUCAGUGGGCAAAUCCCAGAAUUUCUCUUAAAGGAAAAAAAAAAAA